GAUAGGCUCAAGGAGCUGAUCCACGAGAAGUACUACCCCACUUAUUACCGAGCAGAGAUAGAGCGUCAGUUUCUGUCGCUCAAGCAGGGUACUCGUUCUGUUGACGAGUACGAGAGGGAGUUUACCAGACUUGCAGCUUUUGUUCCGGACUUGGUUCGCACGGAGGCACAGAGGGCACAACGCUUCAUUGACGGACUUUACCCAACAGUCCGUCACAACAUUGUAGGUCACGGGACCCAGACCUAUGCUUGUGCUGUUUCGAUUGCCCAGGAGGUGGAUGCCAGCAUCCGGAGGGAGGCCAGCCGCGAUCGUUUUCAGCCAUCCGCCCCCGCCCA